AUGCGUGCGUCGAUUUGUAGGCAGGCGGCUGAGUCAGACAGAACUGGGCCGGUCAAACUCACUCGUUCCGUGGUAGGGCAAACUAUUUGUACAAACGAAAUACAAAGUGUGCCAUCGGGCACUGAAAAUACCUCAUUUUCUGAACUUCUCCGAAAAUAUCGACUCUUCGUACACUUCCGGUUACUUCGAGGUUUCGCAAUUCUUCUAGAAAGUGGGCUAGAUGGCAGUAAGCACUGCUGGGUGAGGGGUCGACAGCAGCCUUGGACACCAAAACCACUAUGGAAGUGA